AUUGAAAUGUCAAAAUGGCGGACGAUGCUGAAAACGACGAUCAAUGGUUAUACGGCGAUCAGCCCGAAAAUACGCACGAAGAGCCCCCAGCGGACCCGCCCCCGGUUGAAGAGCCGCCUGAGAAACCCGAAGAGCCAGAACCAGUGCCUCCCCCGAAGCCUAUUGACGAUGACAAGCCACCAGGAGUUGACGACGAUGAACCCGAGAAAGAGUCUGCCAACGAGAAAGAAGACCAAGAGGAUGGAGAGGUGCAGCAAAAUGGUGAAGAAGAGGACUUGGACGACGACAGUGACGAUGACGUGAAUGUUGUUAUUGGGGAUAUUAAAACAACCCCGUCUUACACUUCGCUUAACAUCAAACGGAGCGGUUUGCUGACCACCACAGCCCCCGUUGAUAAGUCCAAGCAGCCCCCACAACCCGGCAAAUUUAGCGUGGAGGAGUUCGAUCAAGCUGGAAUGAUAAAUGGGGUCCCUGCGACUGAAUACAAUUUAGAUUCUUUGGAAGAUAAACCGUGGCGGAAACCUGGUGCUGAUAUAACUGAUUAUUUUAAUUACGGGUUUAAUGAAGACACAUGGAGGGCGUAUUGUGAAAGACAAAAACGAAUGAGAAUGACUGAGUCGGGAGUGGGGUUGGCGGCACAAAUGACUUCAAUUGCACGAGGUACAGUUCCAAUUAUGAACGAUAACAGUAAAUAUUCAGGAAAUUUCCUUGGAAUGCGCAAAGCAGGGCCACCUCCAGGGAGACGUAUGACGGGGUCUAUUGACGUAAUAGGGGGCACAGCGCAAAGAUCCACCCCCACGCCCAUCGGCAAGGUGGAGCCCCCCAAAAUGAACGUCAUUCAGGUCAUGACCGCUGAUAGGAGGGAGUAUAGCCGGAAACCGACCGGUUUUCCAGACAUGUCCGUACCGCCCCCCAACACUUUUGAGGAUUUCCAGCCCGAGUACGGUUUCAACCCCGAACCGGAGCCCUUUUAUGGGGGCUACGAACCAACGCAGGAUUCGCAAUGGGGGGCUGAAGGUCCUAAUCCGCUGGGGCCGCCUCCAAUGCACAUGGGCCCACCCAUGAACUUACCAAUGCCUGUCCCAUCACCUAGGAAGGAUAGCCCAACUAGGAUGGACUCGAAAGAGCGGGACAGGACGAGGGAAGACAGCAGGGCGAGGUCUGAAAGGCCCAGGGAUCGGGAACGGGAGAGGUCCCACAGGAGGGAAAGGUCAAGAAGUAGGUCGAGAAGGCACAAGUCAAGGUCCAGGAGCCCCAGUCAUAGGCACAGGAAAAAGAAGUCAAGGCGUCAUGAUGAAAGCGAUUAGUUGAUUAAUGAUUAGGCAUAAAGUAUAGUUUGGUUCAUCUAACCCUACAAGCAUUUUUUUGUAUUUAUUUUUUUGAAAUAAAUCAAUCUCUUGUCAA